UUGUGAUUUUCAAUUUCUUCUUCACCAUUUCUCUUCCUUCUACUGGAUUCUUCAGCUAUUGGGUUAGCCAUUCUUGUCAUAAGUUUCUGAGUCUGAAGGGCUAUUACUGCAGAGUUUAUUAAUAGCAUUCAAGGUAGUGUCAUUAUCACAUAGAAAAACAGCAUGAACUUUGCAUCAUCGUUGUGCAGAAGAUUGAAUAUCAAGGAACUCGUGACAAAUGUUCCUGUGUACAGAAGCACCGCCGAUGUUUCUGGAGAGGGAUUGAGUAUGGUGUUCUGCCGUUGGGCUACCAAAAAGACAGCUGGUUCCACAAAAAAUGGACGCGAUUCAAAACCCAAGAACCUUGGAGUGAAGAAGUAUGGUGGAGAGAGGGUAAUUCCCGGAAACAUCAUUGUUAGGCAGCGUGGUACUCGUUUUCAUCCAGGAAACUAUGUUGGACUGGGGAAAGAUCACACUCUUUUUGCUUUGAAAGAGGGAAAGGUAAAGUUUGAACGCAACAAGCUGACGGGUCGCAAGUGGGUGCAUGUUGAGCCUAAGGAUGGUCAUGUCCUCCACCCUGUGUAUACUGAUGCUUCUGCAUCCGAACCACAACUUGCUGUCUAAGCCUGACCAAUUUCAUUCACAAUCAAUUUUUUUGGCUUAUGUGAACUUCUAAAUGUUCCAUCUCUCAUGUUGCUUGCACAUGGUUUUCUACUGAAAUCUUGAAAGAUUGAUUUCAGAUUGAAAUAUCAGUAGAUGCUUCAGUUUCUUGCCCUUUUUUUUGUCAUCAAUGUCAUAGCCAAACAAUUAACAAUUAUCUUGGUUGAAUAGUUGUAUAAAAGAGGUUUUUGCAGGCCUAAAUAAUUCAUUGGAUGAUUAAUUUGGUAAUAA